GAGGUGGUUGAGUGCUGAGAAGAAAUGGCAGGCAAACAACUCCACCCCCCUCCACUCCCGUCCUGUUGUGAAAUCUAUUCACUCCCAUCGGCGAGGUUCAUCCAAAGCCUGCUCCACCGCUCCGACACGGAACCGCAACAACAGCUUUCGGACUGCUGGCAGAUACCUGAAGUUAGCCUGUGGCAUUUCAGCUGGAAAGAGCCUCCUCUGUCUUCCAUCAGCAGGAAGAGAAGACAGACUGAACAAACCUCGUCAUGAACUGGGCAUUCCUCCAGGGCCUCCUCAGCGGAGUGAACAAGUACUCCACAGCCUUCGGCAGAGUGUGGCUCUCUAUUGUCUUCCUUUUCAGGGUCAUGGUGUUUGUGGUGGCAGCAGAGAAGGUGUGGGGUGAUGAGCAAAAAGACUUCAAAUGCAACACGGCUCAGCCCGGGUGCCACAACGUCUGCUACGACCACUUCUUCCCCGUCUCCCAUGUCCGGCUGUGGGCACUGCAGCUCAUCUUCGUCACAUGUCCCUCACUCUUGGUGGUGAUGCAUGUGGCCUACAGGGAGGACAGGGAACGGAAACACCGGCUCAAGUAUGGCGAAAACUGCCACCGACUCUAUCAGAACACAGGCAAGAAGCGCGGAGGCCUGUGGUGGACCUACGUGCUCACUUUAGUCUUCAAAAUAGCAGUGGACGCCACCUUCGUUUACCUCCUCUACCACAUCUACGAGGGCUACGACUUCCCGUUGCUCAUCAAGUGUGAGCAGAAGCCCUGUCCCAACAAGGUGGACUGCUUCAUUGCUCGGCCCACUGAGAAAAGAAUCUUCACCCUUUUCAUGGUUGUCACCAGCCUGGCCUGCAUCCUGCUCUCAAUUUUUGAAAUUCUCUACCUGGUCGGCAAACGCUGCCGUGAAUGUUUCUCCGCAGUCCAUCGCUCUCACCGAGUCAUGACCAACACAAUGUCCAGUGGCAGCAACUUGAUGGGGUCAAACGCUAUAAAGAUGGCAGGUAAAGACACCCCGGAGACACCUGCGCCUUCGUACAGUGUCGCUAUUUCUUGAGAGACUGAGAUUAAAGGCAAAGCCUUUAUGAGAAAGCAAAAACAUGGGAAAAGAAAGAUGCUUCUCCUUCCUCCACAGGCACUUCCUUAACAGAACUACAAUGAUCAAUGAACUACAAAUCACUUCCUGACUGCUCCCACAGUCAAAGGAGUUCUGGACUACAAGACGUAUGUGUCAUUGUUGAGGAAUGUGCUCACUGUUGUGGGUUUGGAUCAGACUGUUUGCAGAGAUUUUUUUCAGAUUAAACUCUAUAAAUCUUGCAAAGAAAAAAAAAAAGCAAGUUCGUUUGAUGCUGUGUCAGAUUCAGCCUUGAGUUCAGUUACAUGAGUCACUCCAUGGUUUGGAGAGUACGCUUUCACAAACACGUGGUUUUCUGUGCAAGUUUUUCCCUCUGCUCAGGCCCAACCUCAGAAUGUUCAGUUCAGAUUGUACUGUGUCUUUUUCCUUCACUCACAUCUCCUUGUAUCUUGAUGUAAAUGCUGUACUUGAUAUAAUUUAUCAAAAGGUUUGAAAGAUUGUGCUAUUGUGUAUGUUACUGUUCGUAUUUGUCGCCAUGUUUCUGCAUUCAGGCAGUAGAGAGCAAGGAAGUUGUGUUUUUGAAACACAUUUGUUUAUACUGUUGGGAUUUGUAUAUUUCACAGCACCGAGGUGCAGCAUGGCUGCAUAGUUGUUAAUAUUAUUUUUCAAUAAAAAUCCUCAUUUUCA